AUGUCCAUUGUUUACAGUCGGUCUGAGAUACUUGCUUGUCGCCCGCGGCAAUGCCCUAAGUUAUCUCUAUCUCUUCACAGCUAUCGACUUCUUCGGCUUCGUUGUCUCCUGACUCGACUUCGUACAUCUCGUUCAAGGAAACGUAAGCGUCGAUUUGGCACUCGGCUCUGUCUGAUCAAUGCUGGCUCUGUAGUCAACAAACUCGAGUCGUUCACCACCGUUUUCAGCGAUCAUUCUCCCGAUGUAGUUGCACUUACGGAAACCUGGCUCACUCAUGUCAAUGGGGACCAGAUUCUUUCAUCGAUGGUUCCUGGUGGAUUUUCGUUCAUCCAGGUACCUCGACCUAGCUCCCGGCGCGGUGGUGGCGUCGCUGUUGUCUUCAAGUCAACUAUUGCUGCCACUCUUGUUACCGACUCGCAAGCUUAUGAUUCGUUUGAGUACAUGGACGUUCGUCUCAAGUUUGGUACUCGGACCCUACGCCUGUUAGUUGUCUACCGUCCACCGAGGUGCUCGGAAAGUGAUUUCCUUCGUGAUUUCUCCUGUGUUCUAGAGAUACUCUUAGUUACCCGCGAUGACGUGCUGAUUGUUGGCGAUUUCAAUCUUCACGUUGAUGAUGAACACGACCAGUAUGGUCGUUCCUUCAUGUCUCUCAUUGACUCAUGUGGUCUGCAACAGCACGUUGUUGGCCCCACCCAUGAGCGCAGUGCCACGCACAAGCGCCACACUCUUGAUCUCGUCCUGUCUCGUCAGCGCAAUCAUCUCGUCUCCAAAGUGUGUGUCGGUCCCCGCGUCAUCAGCGAUCACCAUCCAGUGUUGUGUGUCCUCGACCUUCAUCCUCCUCGGUGGCUCACCAAGAAGCUCCUGACUCGCUCGCUGAAAUCUAUCGAUUGGGAUAAAUUUGCUACUGCGAUCGCCAACCUGCCUCUUCUCUCUGCGCCUUCUGACAACCUCGACGGACUUGUUGAGCAAUACAAUAAUGGUUUACGUGCAGUGCUUGAUCUUCAUGCUCCUGUCCGGACCCGAACUGUAACUCUUUGGCCCGUCAACCGCUGGAUGACGACCGAGAUUCUCGACACUAAGACGAAGCUUCGUCAUUUCGAGCGCUGUUGGCGUUCUCGGCAACUAGCGAUUGAUUUUGAAAUUUUUCAGACUCAUCUCCUCGCCUACUCGGAGAUGCUCAAGGCUGCUCGAACUCUUUUUUUCUCCACCGAAGUCCGUCAGUGUCGAGGUGACAUGCGCGCAUUAUAUCGUCUCGUCGGCGACCUCAUGGGUUCAACGACCAAGCCAUCACUUCCCACUCGCUCGAGUGAUCAAGAAGUGGCAGACGACCUGAACUAA